AUGGAGGAGGAGAUGCAGCCGGCGGCGGCGGAGGAGGGGCCCAGCCUGGCCAAGAUCGCCAAGCAGCAGCGCAGCCCCUACAGCGUGCUCAAGACGUUCCCGAGCAAGCGAGCCGCGCUGGCCAAGCGCUACCCGGAGCGACCCACCUUGGUGGAGCUGCCGCCGCACGUCCGGCCUUUCCCGCCGCCGGCUUCGGGCUCCUCGAGCAGCAGCUGCAACAGCAGCACUUGCAACAGCAGCAGCAGCGGCGGCGGCAACGAGCGGCUGCCCCCGCCGCCGCCGCCGUUCCCGGCGCAGGGCUCCUACCACCCCCCGGGGCCCGGCCGGGUCGCCGCCGCGUCCUCCUCGUCACCGUCCUCCACGCCCGCCGCGUGCCACCAGGGACACCUGAGGACUUCGCCGUCCGCUGGCCCCGCCGCCUCUUCGUCCUCUUCCUUUGCCGCCGUCGUCAGGUACGGGCCGGGCCCGGCGGUGGUGGCCCGCCACAGCAGCAGCAACAGCAGCAGCAGCAGCAGCAACAGCAGCAAUAGCAGCUGCAGCAACAGCGGCAGCAGUUGCACGGGCAGCGACAGCAGCCUGGAGCUGAGCGCAGAGAGCCGUAUGAUCUUGGAUGCUUUCGCCCAGCAAUGCAGCCGUGUCCUUAGCCUCUUAAACUGUGGCGGAAAACUUCUGGACUCCAACCACUCCCCAUCCAUGAUUUCCUGCGUCAAACAGGAAGGUUCAAGUUAUCCUGAAAGGCAGGAACCAUGCCACAUGGGAAAAGUGGUCCAUAGUCAGACCUCAGACACUUUAGACAUAGAGAUGCAAUAUAUGCAAAGGAAACAGCAAACUUCAGCCUUCCUGCGGGUUUUCACGGACUCACUACAAAAUUAUCUACUCUCCGGGAGCUUUCCCACCGCCAGCACCUCAUCCAUCAGUGAGUAUGGCCACCUGGUCGACGGGGACCCACUCUCCACCUCCCCUGUGCAUACAUUAGGAGGCUGGACCUCACCAGCCACCUCUGAAUCCCAUGGCCAUCCAUCCUCCUCCACACUGCCCGAGGAAGAAGAAGAGGAGGAAGAGGAAGGCUACUGUCCACGAUGCCAAGAACUGGAGCAGGAGGUCAUUUCCCUGCAACAAGAAAAUGAAGAGCUCCGGAGGAAAUUAGAGAGUGUCCCAGUGCCCUGCCAGACUGUUCUAGAUUACCUUAAGACGGUGCUACAACACCACAACCAGCUCCUGAUGCCCCAGCCAACUGAUCAGCCAACUGAGGGAAGCAAGCAGCUGUUGAACAACUAUCCUGUCUACAUAACGAGCAAACAGUGGGACGAGGCCGUAAAUUCUUCAAAGAAAGAUGGGAGACGCCUCCUCCGCUACCUCAUCAGAUUUGUUUUCACAACCGAUGAGCUUAAGUACUCAUGCGGCCUUGGGAAAAGGAAAAGGUCAGUGCAGUCAGGAGAGACAGGUCCUGAAAGACGCCCUCUGGAUCCGGUUAAAGUAACAUGCCUCCGAGAAUUCAUUAGGAUGCACUGUACCUCCAACCCCGACUGGUGGAUGCCCUCAGAGGAACAGAUCAACAAAGUAUUUAGCGAUGCCGUGGGCCAUGCCCGGCAGGGACGGGCCGUGGGGACUUUCCUACACAACGGUGGCUCAUUCUAUGAAGGCCUUGACCCCCAGGUUCCCCAGGAUGAAGUCUUCAACAAAACCUCCCAGGAUGCAUCGGGGGAUUAGAAGACAACUCUUUCUUUCCUCUGUAGUGGCCAGUCCUCUCAAAGGUUCACAUUGUGAAUGUCUUGUUA